AUGGCAACUGCAGUAGCAGACCUCGAGGCAGGCCUCCAGGCCAUGCUCAACUUGAAACCUCCUGGGGUGUCGGGAUCCCGUAUCACUAGCCUGACGUCGCUGUGCGUCUCCAACAUUCAGUCCGAAUCCGUCCUCCUCCAAAAGAUCUACACGCACUUCAAAAAGGCGCCCGGGACGCACAAGUUGGGGGUUCUCUACGUAGUGGACUCUGUGACCCGCAAGUGGCUCGAGCAAGCAAAGGCCCAAGGACAGCCAGUAAACAGCUCUGCGCAAGACGGCACGUAUGCCGCUGGAGUACACCGAGUGACGGAACUCAUGCCCGUGUUGAUGAAUGACAUUCUUCAGUCCGCUCCCGACGAGCAAAAGGAAAAGAUCAAGAAGCUCCUCGACAUCUGGGACAAGGGCCAGACCUUCCCGGCGCCUAUGCUCGAAUCCUAUCGCCAAAAGCUGAAUGCUGCUCCGCCGAAUGCCUCGACGACUCCUCCCGGGAGCCCUCCCGCGGGAGCCCUCGCCUCGCUGCAGAAUAAACACCCAGCCUCGACCGCGCCGGCGCCUCCCAACGGCUCCUCCAUCCUGGAGGCGCUGGCCAAUAUGGCUCGCCAAAACACCGCGGCGAACCCUGGCAAGCCCGGGCCCCCGGCUGCCACAGCGUCCUAUGCCGGAAUGCCUCAGGCGGCCCCAUCGUCGAUGCCACAGCAGCAGCAUCAGCAGCCGCCCUCGCACGCCCUGGCCGCGCCGCCAUCGUAUCCUCCCGCAGCGCAGUCUGUCCAUGGCUCGUCGAUGCCCUUUUCCCUGCCUCCGAUGCCCGGCCAGGGUGCUCAGCCGCCCGCGAUGCCCGCUGCGGCCACCAAUCCAUAUGCUGCCCCGGCGCCCGCUCCAGGCCCUGGCGGUGUCGGCCUCGACUCCAUCACACAGCAGCAGAUCGUAUUGAUCAAAGCCCUCGCAGACCAGGGGGUGCCGUUUGACAAAAUCCCGGCCUUGAUCCAGAGCAUGACUGGUGCCAGCAGUGCGAGCCUCCAGACGGCGUUCCAGCCUCCCGUGCCCGCGGCCCAAGGCUCGUAUCCCACCGGUCAACAGCCGUGGGGCGCCGACAACGCUCGCGAACGCGGCUUCCAGGAUGGCAACCGGUCUCCCAGCAGGUAUCUUGGACGUUCCCGGUCCCGUUCUCCUGACCAUGGCUGGGCCGCACACGGUUCUCCCCGUGGCGGGCACGACAGACUCGACUACGGCCAGCACGAAGAGCGGGAGCGCAAUGGCCGCAGAGGCAACGGCUAUCGCCAGCGGAGCCCCCAGGCGCGACGGGGUCGUAGCUCAACCCCGUCCUCGGAGCUUCCCAAGGUUGAGAGAUGGAUAGAAUUCGAUCCGAACAUGCCGGCAGGCCACAUCAAGGUCCUGAGCCGAACCCUGUUCGUGGGAGGAGUGACUUGCACUGAGGCCGAUUUACGCAACAUCUUUGUUCGUUUCGGUACUGUACAGACUUGCAUCGUCAACAAGGAGAAACGGCAUGCCUUUGUCAAGAUGCUCACCAGGAAAGACGCAAUUAAUGCCAAGGACAGCACCGAGGACACCAGGAACCUCGAGCUGCCUCUACGAACACGCUGGGGCGUUGGCUUUGGCCCAAGAGACUGCAGCGACUACGCGACGGGCAUCAGUGUCAUCCCCAUCCACAAGCUGACCGAGGCCGACCGCAAGUGGAUGUUGACUGCGCCCUACGGCGGAAGCGGAGGACGGCCCAUUGAGAGCGGCAUGUGUGUCGAGGAGCCCGACAUUGAGAUUGGCGCGGGAGUAUCGUCCAAGGCCAUCAGCCGACGAAUGCAGACGGACAAGGGCGGCAGCAACGGGCCCAAGUCCACGCGAGGUCGCGACGAGGAUCCGGGACGCGGACGCCGCGGCCGGGACUCAGGAGGCAACCACGGGCGUCGGGGCGACAACGGCGACAACGGCGCGAGCGGCCAACAGCCGCCAAUGCCCGGAUUCCCCUUUGGUAUGGGCAGCCUCCCCAACGGGAUUCCCAACUUCCCCGCCGGAUUCUCGUAUCCGGAUUCUGGAGCGGGAAGCGGGAUGUAG